AUGAGGGUAUUUACAGCGUUUUCUGUGGUUUACAUUUUUGGGCUCUGUCUCCCAGCCUACGCUGCGCGCGAGACUAGCCAACUGCCAUUCACGCUCACCAAGACGAAGGAAGAUGGCGUAUCACUCGUGAAAUGCACGGCCGUUGAGGGAAAUGCGACCACCACACUUGCCUUUGACGGAAAGGUGAUGUGGGAAGGCGAAGAAGGCGUGCAGUGCUCUUCUGCCUACCUCUACUUUGACGGUAACAGUCCCAAGCUCCUGCUGGUAAACUACCAGGACGAAAAUGGAAAGGGUUCUGUUGUGUACAGACACAAAGAUGGAAAUAGCUGGAGGAAUCACAGUCAGAGUAGCCACGAAUCUAUGCUUAGAGACUUGAAGGAGGCAGCAAAGAAAAAGGGAACCAAGUCUACAUCCGACUCCAGUACGCUCGAUGUCACCAUGCCCGACGAGGACUACUUUGAUGUCAGCGAGAAAGUGGCUGGAGAACUCAAGACCUACACAUACACUCCAAAGGGUAACGCUGCUGUAAACUUGGUCACAUGCGGAACCUAUGAUGUUGCCAGACUCAACACUGGUGAAAAGUUCAAGUCUGGAGUUUUGCACCUCAAGAACAGCCGUAGCCCGCUCUUCUACCUAGUCGUUGACAAGCAUGGAAGUAACGAAAAGAGGUAUUACGGCAGAGAGAAUGGUGCCUGGACCACCUUUAGCAAGGAGGACUUUGACUCCCAACUUGCUGAAAUGAAGCAAACUUCUGUGGGAUAUGUCCUUGAUAUUAGCAAGGAUCCAGAGUCAAGCAAGGUUGUUGUAUCCAGGGAAUCUAGCAAGAAUCUUAAGAACAAGAGGUACAAUCCAAAGGCUAAUGUUAGGGUUACUUCCCUCGUUGAUGGACACACCCAAAUUUGGAGUGCAGAUGGCAACGAGAAGAUUGUCGGUGCCACCCUUUCUACUAGGGAUGACUGCCCUGCCUUGUUCCAGGUACAGAUUGAAACAUCUUCAGGUGACCUGCGCAAAUACUUCAAGGGACAGGAUGGCGCAUGGGCUACAAUCACCAAGAAGGCCUUCAAUGAUGCUAUGGAGAAGAUGAUUGAAGGAACCUCUGGAGUUAUACUUGGACUGGCUAAUACUGAUAAAACCAAGAUCAAAGUCUCUGAGAAGAAUGUUGAGGGAGUUACCAAGAAGGAUUAUAGCGCCAAGAGUGGUCAGUCUAUUGUUUCUGUUGUGGAUGGUCCUAAUGACAUCUGGUCAUCAGAUUCUGGGGACCUCGAAUCCGUGUAUGAAUACUUUAGAAGUGGACAUCCUAGACUACUUCACUUGGUCACAAAGGCUUCCAGAAGUGAUGGCAACAAAUACUUUAAAAAGUUGGGAGGCAAAUGGGAAUCCGUUACUAGGGAUGAAUUCAAUAAGACACACGAAGCUAUGAAGCAGGGUCCUGGACUUCACUCAUUGGAUAUUAGCCAAGACGACCAUGGCGCUGGUGUUGUUGGCGUCAGCAAAUCCACCAUGGAAACUGGAGCUACCCAGAAGAUCUUUGAGGUCAGCGAAGAAGCGGAAAUCACUGCAGUUACUGAUGGCUCACAAGAUUUAUGGGCUGCAGAGGAUUCCGAAAAAUGCGUUGGUGUCACCGUUCAUUCCAAGGAUGAUCUCACAGUCUUGUCCUUGGAUGUUAAGGAUGAUGAAGGACGAUUCACAACCAGAAACUAUGAAAAGUCAGGUGACAAAUGGACAGAAGUUGAUGAGAACGAGUACAGUGAAAAGCUUGAUGACCUCGCUGACCUACCGGAAUCUGACCAAGAUGGUUCAUCUCUCAGAGGAGGCGGUUAUAGAUUCACAAUUAACAUCGCAUCUGAUAUGUCAGGAGACCGCGUUAGUGUUGUUCAUCCAACCAGCUCUAAUCCAUACAUGGUUGUAAAUGCACUUGCUGGAACAGUGGUAACCAGAGUCACUGAUGGAAAGAAAAAUGUAUGGCAGCGUAGGAACAAAGAAUCAUGCCUCACAGCUGCCUUCUUCUUGAAGGAUGGAGAACCACUCCUUGCCAAAUUGCUGAUUAGAGAUGGAAUCAACAUCUCCACACAGUACUUUAAAAAGUCAGACAGAUGGCAUCCGACCGAUCAACGCAGCUACCAGAAGACCGUUGACGAACUCUCCGGAGGAGAGGGUGGUGAGUACGGCGAUGACGAAGACGACGGUGAAUAUGAUGAGGAUGAUGGCGAAGACGAAGAUUCCUUCCUCACAGUUUCCGUGUACAGUAUUAUCCCAAUCGUGCUUGUAGCAUUCGGCACUAUUUUCUAA